AUGGUUCAUAAAGCAGAGUUUCUUGAGACAACAGAGUACUCUGUCAAAUCCGUGCUACAAGGUGGAUAUAACCAUCCAUUAUCACGCGAAUGGCAGCAAGAACGACAACUUACCAAAAAUAUGUUCAUUUUUCCACUUUUCGUCACUGAUGAUCCCGAUGAAGAAAGUGAAAUUCCAUCCUUACCUAAUAUUAAGCGGUAUGGCGUGAACAAAUUAAUACCUUAUGUUGGAUCAUUGGUAGAAAAGGGAUUAAGAGCAGUCAUAUUGUUUGGUGUUCCUUUGAAACCCGGUGUAAAAGAUGAAUUUGGUACUGCAGCAGAUGAUCCAGAAGGACCAGUCAUUACUAGUAUCAAGUUGUUGAAAGAGAAUUUCCCUGACUUGUUCAUUAUGUGUGAUGUUUGCCUAUGUGAAUAUACUAGCCAUGGACAUUGUGGAAUUCUAAAUGAUGACGGAUCAUUGAAACCUGAACCUUCAGUUAAACGUAUUGCCGCCGUUGCGGUCAAUUAUGCCAAAGCUGGAGCAAAUUGUGUUGCCCCAUCAGAUAUGAUGGAUGGUAGAAUCAAAGAUAUCAAAAUGGGAUUGAUCAAAGCAGGUUUAGCAAACAAGUGUCUUGUAAUGUCAUAUGCAGCAAAAUUCUCGGGCAAUUUAUAUGGUCCAUUUAGAGAUGCUGCUGGAAGUGCACCAAGCCAUGGUGAUAGAAAAGCGUAUCAAUUACCACCAGCAGGGUCAGGAUUGGCAAGAAGGGCAUUGUUGAGAGAUAUGGAGGAAGGCGCUGAUGCCGUUAUUGUUAAGCCAUCAACUUUCUAUUUGGAUAUUAUAAGUGAUGCCAGUAGAGUUUGCCGUGAUUAUCCAAUUUGUGCGUACCAUGUUAGUGGCGAAUAUGCCAUGUUGCACGCUGCUGCCGAAAAGGGAAUUGUUGAUUUGAAAGGGAUUGCAUUCGAGGCUCAUCAAGGGUUUUUGAGAGCUGGUGCAAGAUUAAUUAUAAGUUACUUUACACCUGAAUUUUUGGAAUGGUUACAAGUGUAG